UUUGAAAUGGUUGGAUAAGUGACGUAAAGUAAUCACGUGAUUUUUAUCAGCCUCCCGCUGCACAUGUUUACAAACGGGCAGCACUAAUAACCAGCAAUAUAGAUAGCUGAUAAAGCUGCCAUUAAAAAUAUAUGCGUAUAGGGUUUUUUUUUUAGUUAGUGUCAGCUUUUUGAUUUUUUUUUGCAGUGAAAACUGCUUACUUUUUAAUUAUGAAGACAUUACAACCCUUAGAAAACAUCGUAAAAAAAUGGACACUAUAGCUAUAAAACCAUUUUAACGGACAUUAGUUUACACAGCAUCUGGGAUGAAUUAUCCUAAAAGCACAUGCGGUAAAAAUGGAAGAAUCACACAAGAAGAAAAGAGGCCCAUAUCAUAAAAGAAAGAUUCAUGACAAUGAAGACCCAAGUACCAGUGCAUUCAGUAAGACCUACGUUGAGAAAACUGAAAAUGUUUUAUGUGAUCAAGAUGUUCCAAAGGCUAUCAAAAAAGAGAGACUUGAAAGUGUAGAUUCUAAUGUGGGUUAUAAUUUAGAUGAACUUCGCUGGAAUGCUAGUAGUCAUGAACUUACUACAGCAGUGGAUGAUUUUGUGGAAAAUGUUAACAAUGAUGAAAUAAAACAUACUGCAGCAGAAUUAGAUGAAUCUGAAGAGAAUGCUGAAUUUUUGCAUCAAAAUGAACCAUAUGGAGAGGAAACAGAAGAAGAAACGGACACUGUGGUUUCCAAGAAUGUUCCUGAUCUACCUAAUGAAGUGUUUGACCCUAAAAGUGACAAAGUACUUGAUGAACUUCUUGAGGAGGCAAAGUUAAGGGACAGUGACUUAUUGUCUGAUGAAAAUGAGAUUAAUAUUGAAGAUGAUGUAGGAUUUGUCGAUGAAUUUACCAAUUUUGUAUUCAAUGAUGUAGAAAAUACUGUACCCAAACCUGAUGAUCCCAAGUCCAAGGAAAACCGCUUUACCGAUCCCUUGUUUGAAGGAUCACCAUAUACUCUUGGUGUUGUAAUUUUGCUGAUAUGCUGCUUUGUGAUUAGAUUUCGAUUGCCUGAUGAAGCAAUAUCGUAUUUACUUCGAUUUUUGGCGUGUAUUUUACCCUUAGGACACACGUUAUCUGGGAGUCUAUACCAUUUCAGGAAGACAAUCAGAUUGUUCACAGAUUGUUUGAUACCAACAUUGACAUAUCACUGCAAUUCGUGUUAUGAAAUAGUUAGCAAGAAUGAGAAAAACUGUCCAUCUUGUAAUAAAUCAUUGACAGACUCUGGGGGUAGGGCAUACUUUAUGCAACUCAAACUUGUAUCCCAAUUGCAAGCAUUAUGGAAGAAUAAGGAAUUUUGUGACAUGGUGCGGAAACAUAGAUUUGAGCAUUUUGAAAGCAAUAAAUCAGAUAAACUUUCUGAUAUUUACGAUGGGUUACUGUACAAACACUUGUUUCAAAAUGAUGGUGUUUUAUCGUCUCCAAACAAUUUAUCAUUUUCACUGAAUACGGAUGGUGCUCCUUUGUUCAAAUCAUCCAACAUUAGCAUCUGGCCAGUGUAUAUGCUUAUUAAUGAGCUUCCCAUUGCCCAGAGAAAGAAAAGAAAUUAUGCUCUGUUUUAUGGUGUUUGGAUCUCCUGUCGAAAGCCACAGAUGUGGUCUUUUCUUAAACCAUUAUAUGAGGAACUGAAUGACCUUGGAAGUAAAGGUCAAACAUUUUGUGAUUAUUAUGAAAACACAUUUGACUGUAAAUGUUUCUUGUUAACAUGCACAUGUGAUCUUCCAGCACGAGCAAUAGUUUACAACUGUAACCAGUUUAAUGGAGAUUAUAGCUGCUGGUUUUGCCUACAGAAAGGUGAAACUUUUAAACAUGAAUCAGGAGGUAUUUCACAUGUGUACCCAUUUAAGGAACCACCCAAAGAUCCUCCACGUACACCAGAAACUGUGAAUCGAGAUGUUCAGUUGGCAUCAAUAAAAAUUAGAAACCGUGAAUCUAAAACUACAGUUAAUGGCCACAAAGGAAAAUUUUGGUUUAUGUAUUUGACUUAUUUUUAUCCUAUUUACAGUUGUGUUAUAGACUAUAUGCAUGGCAUUUGUUUAGGGGUUUGUAAACAAUUAUUAACAUUAUGGUUUGAUAAGAAAAACAAAACUGAAAGUUUUUCUUUCUUUUUGAAAUGCAGUGAUGUUAAUUCUUUCUUGAACAAAAUAAAACCAACACUGUAUGUAACAAGAAUUCCAAAGACAUUGGAUGAACUCACUCACUGGAAGUCAUCAGAAUUCAGAAAUUUUAUAUUAUACUGGGGAAUACCAAUUUUGAGAAAUGUUUUAACACAAGAAUAUUUUGUGCAUUUUUGCUUAUUAGCUAGGUCUUUUUUUAUUUUGUCAAAAGAAGGAAUAAGCAAAGAAGAAUUGCUAGUAGUUGAAUCUGCUCUCUUAUUAUUUGUGGAGAACUAUCAAGUUCUCUAUGGUGAAAGGUUUAUGACCUUGAAUAUUCAUCAAUUAGUACAUUUAACAGACUGUGUAAGACACACCGGACCAUUAUAUGUAAAUAAUUGUUUUAUUUUUGAAGAUUUGAAUGGUUUUAUUGUGAAACACAUACAUGGAACACAAGGGGUUGACACUCAAAUUACAAAUAUUGUUUGUAUGUUAAAGGUACCACCUGUCCUUUGUGAUCUGUUCCUGAAAAAGUAUGAUGAUGAAGAGGAAAUUGUUUCAUUGUAUAAUGAACUGACUGACUCUGUAACAGGGCGCUAUAAAUAUUUUACAGAAAUUGAAAGUGGCAUUAGACCUAUUGGAAAUGCAUGUAAUAAACAGUUAACAAAUUCUGAGAGACAAUGUGCUCUUAAAUUUGGAGUGCAUAAUGAGUUAGUGAAAUGUUUUUUUAGAAUAAAUAUGUUUAAGAAGGGAUUUUAUGUUUAUGGACAGGCAUAUGACCGCUUAAAGAAGCGUCAACAAAAUGUCAUUACAUACAUUACUGGAGAUAGUAUAAAAUUUGGAAGUGUAUUGUUUUUCAUUCAGUCUGAGGAACAGAAUAGAGUUGUAAACUUAGCAAAAGUAAGACUACUCCCCAAAAUACAAUCCAUUGGAUGUGUCUGGCAAGUUGAUACAAGUGAUGAUGUAGAUUUUAUACCUAUUCAGUCUAUAUUAAAUGUUAACAAUUUUGUAGUUAUUGAUGACAAAAAGUAUGUAUGUCCAUCACCAAAUCGCUAUGAUCGUGAUUAAAUGUCCUUUACCUUUAGAUAUAGUGUGUGCUGUAUAGUUUGCAAUUUUGAAGUAAAUUCUGUUAACCUUCA